UCGGACCACCAUGUAGAUUUACUUCUUAAUUACUCAUGUCUUUUUGCCUGUCUCCUCUCGUUGAGUGUCAAGGGUCAACACUGCUUGCUCUCAUAGUCACAUACUCAUCAUCGUCUGGUGAUCUCUUAAUUUGUUGGAAAGAAGCGAUCCAGGAAGAUGUUCCAUGUAUGCAAGCGUGCCAUAAUGGACUCUUGGGUGGCUAGCCCGGACGAGGAGAAAGAAGACGAUCAUCAGAACUCUUGGGAGGAGAAUCAUCCAGCUGAGACGAAGACGAACCAGCAGAGCUUGGAGAUUGAGUUGGAUAUCAAGACAGAACUGAAGAGCUACAAGGGCCUGGGCAUGUGGACACUGAUGGAGAUGGAGCUAUCUCUGAUGUACGACCUCUUGUACACCAAGGCAGGUAUGAUCUACACUUGGCAUGGCUACGGCAUCCGUGUCGCUACCUCCGUCGCCGCUGCCGCCUCGUUCCUGCUCUUCCAGUUCAGUAGCAAAGAUGGUUUCAGCAGAGUUGAUGUUGCGGUUUCAUAUACCUUGUUGUCUGGGGCAUUGAUCUUGGAGACGGCAUCGCUGCUGAGAGCUCUAGGGUCGACCUGGACAUAUGCCUUCUUGUGCAACACGACGUGGAGUUGGCUCCGGUACACAGCACUCUGCAGUGGCAGGUGGGAUCGCCUCCGAUGGUUUUUCAAGAUAAUCACGGGAAGAAACGGCCUGUACAACAGAUCGCCGCGAAGGUGGUCUGGCAAGAUUGGGCAACACAACAUGCUGCAUGCUUGCAGCCGCCGCAAGAGAGCGUACAAGUCACUGCUCGGCAGAUUGGCAAGGAUGCUAGGAUACGAGGAUUGGUUCAUCAGGUACCAUUUCUCGAGGACAAUGGAGCUUUCACAAGACCUAAAGCACCAGCUGUUCGAGUACACAAGGCACCUAACAGGAAGGGGUCGAUUGAACAUGCAGGGUGUGAUAAGGAAGAAUUGGGGUGAAGAGGCAUUUGAAUAUUGGAAGGAGAUGGACCUGUACUAUUCUCUCGCAACAAGAGGAAGGAACAAUUACCUUGGAGUUGAGUUCCAAGAGGGCGUCAUCAUUUGGCACAUUGCUACAGAUAUUUUCAUCGCCAAUAGCAGAGGAGAAGACGAUGCAGGAGAUGCAGACCUAGUGAGGGAUAUCCGGACGCUGUCCAACUACAUGGUUUUCCUCAUGGUGGACAGCCCCAACAUGCUACCAGGGCUUGCUCAGAGCAUGUUGUACCGGCAAACCUGUGAUAAUCUGGAGGAAAUACGAAAGCACAAUCCAGAUCGACAUAAAAAGGAUGUGUGCACCAAGAUUAAGGAAUUCUUCAGACUACAUGACGACCCCAAUUCAAACGGAUUGAUGCACGUAGACGGCCUUGCUGACAUGCUAUCCAAGGAGCCACCACUCAGCCUUACUAUGCCUCGCCUCUAUUUUUCCUACAGAGUUGCUGGAAAGCUACACGACAGGAUGAAGGAGAAGGACAGAGGAAGAGCGGACAUGUUGCAACUACUCUUCUAUGUGUGGAUGGAUUUUCUUGUGUAUGCGGCCAAUAAAUGCAGCAGGGAGUCCCAUGCCAAGAAGCUCAGCAAUGGUGGUGGGUUGACUACUAUCUUGUGGCUUAUGAUAGAUUACCUUCACCGCAAAGCUAAUGCUGCACACGAGAAGAGGCGCCGGGGUGGGGUUUAAUUAUAUUGUUAUGUAUGUGUCCUAAUUGUUGUACACAAAUCUGGUUGUGUCUAAAACAGGAUCU